GGCCCGGCUUGCGUUGGUUCGGUCUUCUCCUCCCCUAGUUAUUUUUCCAGGAGCAGUUUUUCACGUGUGUCACCAUCUGGCUGACACAGCUCUGUGAUGUUCUCUUAGCUACUUUAAGAGCAUAUGUCAAAUAUGUAUUAAUUUUUAUAACUCUGGAAUCGGUUAAUUCAUGGAAGAAGAAAUCAUUGUAGGUUUGGUGUCUUGGAAGUAUGGAAUCAAUCUCUAUGAUGGGGAGUCCCAAGAACCUCAAUGAAACUUUUCUACCAAAUGUUGCCAAUGGCAUCAAGGAUGCCAGUAAGGUCACAAUAGGCAUCAUUGGAAGUGGAGACUUCGCUAAGUCCUUGACAAUCAGACUUAUCAGAUGUGGGUACCACGUGGUCGUAGGGAGCAGAAACCCUAAACACGCUGCUGACUUCUUUCCCCAUGUGGUUGAUGUCACUCACCAUGAAGAUGCAGUAACUAAAACAAACAUCAUUUUUGUAGCCAUACACAGAGAACAUUACAUCUCUUUGUGGGAUCUCAAACAUUUGCUUGCUGGUAAAAUUCUGAUUGAUGUCAGCAAUAAUACAAGAGUAGACCAAUAUCCAGACUCCAAUGCAGAGUAUUUGGCAUCACUUUUUCCAGAUUCCCUAAUUGUCAAAGGAUUCAAUGUCAUUUCAGCUUGGUCAUUGCAGUUAGGACCAAAGGAUGCCAGCAGACAGGUCUAUAUAUGCAGUAACAAUGUUCAGGCUCGCCAUCAAGUUAUUGAGCUAGCCCGCCAGCUCAGUUUCAUUCCUAUUGAUUUGGGGGCAUUGUCAUCUUCAAGGGAGAUUGAAAACCUGCCUCUGCGACUGUUCACCCUGUGGAAGGGGCCUGUAGUGAUUGCCAUUAGCCUGGCAACGUUUUUCUUCAUCUAUUCCUUUGUCAGAGAUGUCAUCCAUCCGUACAUGAGAAAUCAGCAGAGUGACUUUUACAAGAUUCCCAUUGAGAUUGUGAACAAGACUCUGCCCAUUGUUGCUAUCACUUUGCUUUCUCUGGUAUAUUUGUCAGGACUUAUUGCAGCUGCUUAUCAGCUUUACUAUGGCACCAAGUAUCGGCGAUUUCCUCCUUGGCUGGACAACUGGCUCCAGUGUCGGAAGCAGCUUGGGCUGCUCAGUUUUUUCUUUGCAGCGGUGCACGUGCUGUACAGCCUCUGCUUGCCUAUGAGGAGAUCGGAGCGGUACCUGUUCCUCAACAUGGCCUAUCAACAGGUUCAUGCAAAUGUUGAAAAUUCUUGGAAUGAGGAAGAAGUGUGGCGAAUUGAAAUGUAUAUCUCCUUUGGAAUAAUGAGCCUUGGAUUGCUUUCUUUGCUGGCAGUAACUUCUAUCCCUUCAGUAAACAGUGCCUUAAACUGGAGGGAGUUCAGUUUUAUUCAGUCUACUCUUGGAUACAUUGCUCUGCUUAUAAGUACUUUCCAUGUACUGAUUUAUGGAUGGAAGAGAGCUUUUGAAGAAGAGUAUUACAGAUUUUAUACACCACCAAAUUUUGUUCUUGCCCUUGUUCUGCCUUCCAUUGUAAUCCUAGGUAAGAUCGUGUUACUUUUGCCAUGUGUAAGUAGGAAACUGAGGAGAAUUCGAAGAGGAUGGGAGAAAAGCCAUGUUAUAGAAGAAGUAAGCGGGUCUGUUCCACAUCUCUCCCCAGAAAGGAUAACUGUAAUGUGAUGAUAUCUGCUAACACUGUUGUACAUGUUUGGGCUUUGGUUUUUUUGUCAUAAACCUGCAUUUUUAAGAGUUUAGUUAAGUAGGAGUCUUUGUAAAGUCUCUUGCUUGACAUAUAGUACAUGCUCUUACCAAAACUAUGAGAAGUUUGUAACUAGAAGACUACUACUUCUGAUAACUACAAAAAUAUUUUUGUUUUGGAUUACAAAGGGACGAUGAUUAUGAAAUUUUAAAAAAAUCAUGUUCCUUUGCACAGUUAUAUCACAAUAGUAUUUUAUUAGAACCAGGCUUUACAGAUUUUUUUUUUACUUAGAGCAUAUAUGUCAAUGUGCUGUUUAUUAAUUUGACAUUUUCUGGGCAGUGUUUCUUCUAUUAAAACCACAUUUCUGGGUUAAUGAGUUCAGAAUAUAAAGUAAAUUAUAUAGAAAAUAACCAGGGUUUGAAACAAAUUAAUUUGUAAUGAUCACAGAAUCACAGAACGGUUUGAUUUGGAAGGCACCUUAAAAAUCAGUAAGUUCCAAUACCCCCCUCAUGGGUCUUGUCAACUUUCACUAGACCAAGUUGCUCAAAGCCCCAUCCA